AUGCGUGAAUUAGAAGAAAAAAUCCGACAAGAAGAACGACAAAAAUUUGGAAUUGAACGUGAAUUAAUUCAACAACGUACAUCGAAAGAAAUCAAUGAUUUACAAUCAAAUAUUCAACGAUUACAAACUAUUGAACAACUUUAUAUUAAUCGUAAAAGUGAAGAAGAUUCUUCAAUAAUUCCAUUACAUGAAGAAAUUUCAAAAUUAACAGAAGAAAAUCAAACACUUAAUGCAUCUUUAAAUGAAUCUUUAACAACUAAUGCUAUAUUGCAAAGUGAUUUACAAUCAUUUAAAGCUCAAUUAAAUGAAAGACAAACAAUGCUUUUACAACAAAAACAAUCAUCGUCAAGUAAUUAUCGAGAAAGAGAAUCACUACAAACAAAUGUUCGUCAUCUAGUAGAAGUUAAUAAACUACUUCGUGAUGAAAAUGAUUCAUUACGUGCAACAAUUGAAGCAAAUAAAUUAAAUACUAUGCCUACACAUCUUGUUCCAUCACCAAGACGAUUAUUUUCUACACAAGGUUCAACAUUGGGUUCUUAUUGGAAUGAUUCAAAAUUAGACAGUCCAUCACCAUCAUACGUAACAAAUAUAAAUCGACGUAAACUUGAUUCAUGUGAUCUUGAAUCAGCUGAUGAAAAAGUACCAUUGGUAUCAGUUUCUACUCUUCGCAAUACUAUGAAUGAUAAAAAUGUUAUGAAUGAUAGUGGAUUAUCAUUGACAACAGUACGUGAUGCAACUGAACUUGAAUCUGAUCAUGAAUUAAAUCCGAACCAACAAACACCAACAAU